UACACUUCUUACCCAAUAAAAACAACUAAACCCUCUUCUCCCUUAAACCCUAGCUGCGCCGCGCGCCCUUUUCUCUGCAUCAACGAGAGCAAUGGAUAUUGACGGAGACGGAGAAGCUAGGCAAGUUCAGGUGCGCUUCGUAACGAAGCUACCACAGUCGUACAAAGUGCAGCAAGCUUCUAUCUCCAUACCUGCCAAUCUCACUCGCUUUGGCCUCUCUGCACUCAUCAACAAUCUCCUCCUUACAACGGAUGAGGAUUGGACAACAGAGCCCUUUGAUUUUCUUAUUGAUGGAGAGCUGGUUCGCAUGUCACUUGAAGAGUUCCUCCUUGCCAAAGGCAUUUCUGCUGAAAAAGUACUUGAGAUUGAAUACAUUAAAGCUGUAGCUCCUAGGAAACAGGAGGAGCCUUCUUUGCAUGAUGACUGGGUCAGUGCGCUUGAUGGUUCCAGUGAUGGGUACAUUUUGACCGGAUGCUAUGAUGGUUUUGGAAGAAUAUGGAAGGCUGGUGGAAUAUGUACACAUGUAUUAGAUGGGCAUUCAGCCCCUGUCACCUCUGUGUGUAAUUUGAUGCCCAAAGCUGACACUAUUGUUGAUCAAGUUGUUGCUACUGGUUCGAAGGACAAAACGUUGAGGUUGUGGAAGUUUGGCGAAGAGGAUCCAAUUGAUCAACCAAAGAAGAUAACAUCAGUUAAGAUAUUGCGGGGUCAUACUUGUGCUGUUCAGAGCAUUUCAGGGAAACCCUCUGGUGAUAUGGUGUGUUCUGGUUCUUGGGAUUGUACUAUCAACUUAUGGAACACAAGUGCUAACGACACUGAUGACUCAGUUUCAGUGAAGAAGAGGAAAAAGGGUGGUCAAGAUGAGGAGGCUCUAUCAGAGGGUGAAGCGUUAACUACACUGGUGGGACAUACGCAGUGUGUAUCUUCUGUUGUCUGGCCGCAACAUGAAACAAUUUAUUCAGGCUCUUGGGAUCAUUCUAUCAGAAGAUGGGAUGUUGAGACAGGGAAAGAUACUUUCAACAUGUCCUGUGGCAAGGCUAUAAACUGUCUUAGUAUUGGAGGUGAGAGUUCGGCCCUUAUUGCUGCUGGUGGUUCUGAUCCUGUUCUUCGAGUAUGGGAUCCUCGCAAACCUGGAACUUUGUCUCCUAUAUUCCAAUUCUCAUCACAUAAUUCUUGGAUAUCUUCUUGCAAAUGGCAUGAUAAAUCAUGGUAUCACUUAGUCUCUGCAUCAUUUGAUGGAAAAGUGAUGCUGUGGGAUCUGAGAACUGCGUGGCCAUUGGCUGUAAUAGACUCACAUGGAGACAAGGUUUUGUGUGCUGAUUGGUGGAAAGGUGAUAGUGUGAUUAGUGGUGGUGCUGACUCCAAGCUUUGCAUUUCCUCUGGAGUACCAGUUCUGUGAUCAGGCCCGCAUUGUUCUCUUUGCAUCCAGAACCAUCUAAUUCCUCCCUAAAUCCUAAGAAAGAAUUGUAUGGCUGUACUCAGCAAUCAUGGUAAACUGAUUGCAGAGUUCUUGCAGAAAGAAGUCGAAACUUGUGCUCUCAGCAGUCAUGAUGCUGGACUAGUUGAGCUGCAAUGCAAUUAGUUUGCCAGGGUGCACUGUGUCACAAGUCAUGCGUGUACCAUGGCGCUACUGAAUGAGAUAGUAUUCUCUAAUUAUGUUGAUGUAAACUAGACAAUAACUUAUUUGAACUUUAUUUAAGACUCCCCAAUCAUAUAAAUGUGCUAUACUGUUCAAAACGAUUUUGAGUAGGAAUACAAGAUAGGAGAAGCCUUAAUCCA